CUGAAUUGUCAUCAAGCUAUUAUGCUCUCAGUGCUCUGCAGUGAUCAGAUAACUAGCCAAUGAGCAGAUAACUAGCAAAUAUGUGAAAGGCGGAGAACUCGCUCCUAGUGUUAAGAUUUUGACAAAAUGGCAUGUGCAGCAGACAGCUGCAUUCAAUUUACGCGCCAUGCAAGUGACGUACUUCUCAACUUGAACCGACUGCGCAGCAGGGAUAUCCUGACUGAUGUCACUAUUCUAGUCAACAGACAACAGUUUCGUGCUCACAAGACAGUCCUCAUGGCUUGCAGUGGGUUGUUUUACACCAUCUUUACGGACUCCCUCAAAUGCAACCUGAAUGCCAUCAGCCUGGACCCGAAGGUGGACCCUGAGGGCUUUGCCAUUUUGCUGGAGUUCAUGUACACUUCUCGUCUCACGCUGAAGGAGAGCCUGAUCAUCGCGGUCAUGAACACUGCCAUCUACCUGCAGAUGGACCACGUUGUUGACACCUGCCACAGGUUCAUCAAAUCCAAUGACCCUUCAGCCAAGCUGCCCAGAGAAGAAUUUUUAGUCAGCCCAUUGCUGUUACCUCAGGAUGUUCAAGCCUACAGGCCCCAUGACGUGGUGGAGAAUGUUACCAGCCGGCCAACCUCUUUCAGGGAUGGGAGGGCCUAUAGUUCCAGUAUGUUCAGUGGAGUUAGUGCUCCCAACAGUUCUUAUCUUUAUGGCCAAUUCCCAGUACAGGGGUUCCAUUUUCCCUUCAGCAAACUGACAGAUGCCAAGAGCCCUUUUGCCGACUUCACUAAAGCAAGCCCCAUGCACCACAAACACUGCUCCCCACCUGACAAUGGCAGUGAGGUGCUGGCAGAGUAUACCAGAGCCACCACCAGUGUCUCAUCAAACAUCUGCCAUGUGACAUCCUACCCUUCCAGAGAAGUUGCCAGAGAGGAUGAGGUAAGGAAGGAGAGUCUCCGAAACGUCCAUCAGUCUACGGGCCUGGGCUCAAGAAAGCACAGCUUUCCAGGCCAUGCUCAUGAGCAGAGGGAGGUGGGAAAAGAACACGCUCACAUGGGGGAGGAAGACAUGGGCCACCAGCACUACUCCUUGAGCAUCUCCUCCAGCGGUCGCAAGGGCCUGAUGAGCAGUCCCCAGAGUCCACUCAAAUCGGACUGCCAGCCCAACUCUCCCACAGAGUCUAGCAGCAGCAAGAAUGCUGCCUUCCCCCAGGCCACUCGCUCCCCACCCGCCCAGGGCAUGCAGGACCCCAAGGCCCGCAACUGGAAGAAGUACAAGUUCAUUGUGCUCAACUCCGCCAACCAGAGCUCCAAAGAGGACGAGGGAGGCCCCCGUGAUGUGGAGACACGCUCACCACAGAGGCUUGGCUCACCCACCUACCUCCAGCCAAGUGAUUCGGAACAUCCGGACCUGCAGGCUGCCACAAAGAUCAGUGAGCAUGGCGAGGACUUCCCCAUGUCCCAGGCCAGCCGCCUCAACAACAUCAUCAACAGAACCAUGGAGGGAUCACAAAGGAACAAUGACAGCCACACCUCCCUCUACGCAAACCACUUAAAGUGUUCAUCCUGUGGCUCUCAGUCCCCACAGCACUCCGAAGUUUGCUCCAGUACACCACAUGGUGGGGAAGAGAUGGCAGAGCUGCAUUCGGAGUACUCUGAUUCCAGUUGCGAAAAUGGUACCUACUUUUGUAAUGAGUGCGACUCCAAGUUUGCAGAGGACGAUGCUCUGAAACGGCACACACUUCAGGUCCACAGUGACAAGCCAUACAAAUGUGACCGAUGCCAGGCUGCUUUUCGCUACAAGGGAAACCUUGCCAGCCACAAAACAGUCCACACAGGGGAGAAACCAUAUCGCUGUAAUAUCUGUGGUGCUCAGUUCAACAGACCAGCCAACCUCAAGACCCACACACGCAUUCACUCGGGAGAAAAGCCAUACAAGUGUGAGACCUGUGGAGCUCGCUUUGUACAGGUCGCUCACCUCCGUGCCCAUGUGCUGAUUCACACGGGAGAGAAACCGUAUCCAUGUGAAAUCUGUGGGACACGUUUCCGUCAUCUGCAGACACUCAAGAGCCAUCUGCGCAUUCACACCGGAGAAAAGCCCUAUCAUUGUGAGAAAUGCAACUUGCACUUUCGCCACAAAAGCCAGCUGAGACUGCACCUUCGACAGAAGCAUGGCGCCAUCACCAACACAAAGAUCCAAUACCGCAUGUCCACUACAGACCUGCCAUCGGACUUUUCCAAGGCCUGCUGAGCAAGAUGAGGAGGACAGUGCUGACCUUGGCAUUUGAAUAAUCUGAGUUAUACAAUCAUCCAAAAUUGUAGUGCCACACUGUGUUGAUGAGGAAGAAGAAAAAACUUUGGCAGUCUAUGCUAUCCUAAACGGGUUUCCUCUUCAUGUGAACAUAGAACCAGAUAUGGUCUCUAAUAGUCACUUUAUUGUCUAUAUAUAGUACAGGUGGGAGUGUUUAUAAGCUUUCUGAGGUAUAUAAAGCUUUAUUUUGAUGAAAAAGGAAGGAAUGUAAACAUUAAAAUCCAGUUUUUGAAGAUAAGGUAUUUUUUAUCAGAACAUACUUUGAGGGAAAUUUUGAUUGAGGGACAGUAUAUUUUAGGGUAACGGCAUUUCUGGCAAAGAUGUACAAAGAAUUCUAAAGAUAAAUUUAUACAUAGAUGUACGGUACACCAUGUAUAAUUGCCUCUUUCUUGUGAAAGGAAAACCUGGCUCCUACAAUAACCUUUGAUAUUUAAAUAGGUUUCGGUUUAAACCCCUUUGAGAAUGAAUGCUGCUUACUGAAGUGAUGUGGAAAAAAUAUAUAUGCAUGAGGCAGGUGACUACUGUUGCCAAUAUGAAACAUUCAUGAAAUAGGCAAUUGCAUAAAUAUUGUGACAUAAUAAUGUAUAACUGCAUCAAAAACAGAU